AUGGGAUGGAUCAGGAACAAUGGGGGACCAGCUGACCAGAAUGAAGGAUAUAAAGGAAGGAAGGAGAAGGGCGACCUCUGCCCUUGUGAUGACGAUGAUGACGGGCUUGAAGCACUUUUCAAGCAGUUGGAAGACGAUCUAAAGAAGGAUGAUUUAUCUGUCGAGGUUGAUGAUGAUGAUGAUGAAAUAUCGGAGGAAGAUAUGGCCAGAUUUGAACAAGUAUUGGCAGAAGCCAUUGGGGAUAUUGGUGGCACUGAAGAAUCUGCGGCAGAUUUGGUGUCAGACUCUAAACAUGUUGGUAAUGGUGAGGAAUCAGAUGCAGAGCUGAAAAACUGGCAACUCCGGAGAUUGGCUUGUGCACUGAAAAUAGGUCGCCGUAAAACUAGUAUAAAGAAUCUUGCAGGGGAGCUUGGCUUGGACAGGGGUUUGGUCAUUGAAUUGCUCCGUAAUCCACCUCCAAAACUUCUACUUAUGUCUGAUUCUUUGCCUGAUGAAGCCCCUUCUAAACCUCAAGUCGAAGAAAUAGAGCCUUCCCCAGUAGUUGAUGAGGUAGAUGCCACUGAAACCAAGCCACAGAUGGACAUUCCCAUUCAUGUCAUGAGCGCAGAAUGGUCUACGCAGAAAAGGCUAAAAAAGGUGCAACUGGAGACACUAGAAAGAAUCUACCUCAGAUCCAAACGCCCAACUAAUACAAUGGUCAGCAGCAUAGUUCAAGUUACAAGCCUUCCACGCAAGACCAUUGUUAAUUGGUUUGAGGAUAGAAGAGAGCAAGAUGGCGUACCGGACCAUCGUGCUGCAUACAAGAGACCCCUAUCUGAGACCAUAGCUAGUUGAUAACUUCUUCAGACAAGCUUGUCUUACAGUGUUCUCUUUGAAGUCUGAACUACCUACAAGUGUAAAUUCAAACUAUGAAGUACAGCCAGUUUAAUUCACAAGCCCGAUAUGGCGUGUCGUCAUUUAUAUUAUAAUUAGUCUUUGCGGUCAGCCAAUGUGACAGGUACAACUCCUAACUGCCACCUUGCCAUUUUUAUUGGCUUCACUCUGGACCACCGUUUUGACUAUGGAUUCCAAUGGCAGCUGGUUUACGGUUUGACCGGAUCUUGAUUUGCCCAACGAUCCUAUCAACUUUCUCGUUUAGGUGAAUUUUCUGGUGUGGAAACUACCCAUUUCUCAUAGUCCUAGUCCGGUUAAUGUGGAACAUGUGACCACUUCUUUUUUUUUUUUGGUUAUUUUAUCUACUUGAUGCAGGAUUUCCAGUAUUACGUAUUUUGGUGUGGUGCUUUAAGAUAAAAUUUUCUGUCAUUUAAUAUCACAUGUUUUGAAAAGGUUUCCACAUCAUAGCUGGCACCUUGUGCAUUAGGAGGUGAAUUAUAUUUGAUUAUGAGAUUUAUCACAUUUGACCUGAAUCUCUGCAUCCUUGGUAGGUCGAUUGUAGUACUGUAUGAGAUAGAUCAAAAUCAUGCAUCUAACGUGUUGCUGUUUUAAUGUAAGAGUUUUGGACUGGUGAUUAGCUCAGCUGUUUUCACUAUCCCCUUGUCCUGGGAUCAUCACAGCCUCAGAUGACUACGUGUAUUUAUAGAGCACACCACUUCAGGACUAUAUUUGUUCCAUAUUUCAAUCCUUACAACUCUGAAGUCUGUUCUGGAGUUUUCACUCUUUAUAGCAGCUAUGCUUGUUAUCAACAAGUACACAACUACAGACGACAUAUUAUGCUGGGUUGGGCAGACGGAGAAAUCAAGUAGUUAUCACUCAUCAAAAGAUCGUGUGUAAAGAGAAAGAAUAGGGAGGUAUGAUGCUGGAAAGGAAGGAUAAUCUGGAGUUCAUUUUGCCUGAUGGAGAAACACUACCAGGGAGAAAGAAAGAUGAGAGGGGCAAAACAGAACACCAACCUUAAGACUCAUCUAUCACUCCUGGAUCAGCUCAUCCUUUGCCUCUUGUGCUCUAAAUAAGCUUGUUCCUUUCGCAGAGAGGAGGAGGUGGUUGACAGGUGCAGCAGAUGGAAGGGUUGCAGAGAUCAUCAUCGACUUUCAGAAGAUCUGGCUCGUCAGGCCUGGUCUGGGACGAACGGUUCCUGAUCGAGGUGAAGGCUAGCUGCCGGCGGCGCCGAUGAGCCCCAGCCGGGGGAACUGCGGUGUUCCCGGAGCGCCGGUGGCGUCGGCGAAGACAAGAAGCAGCAGAAGAAGAAGAAACAAAGGCCAGAAGGAGGAGGAGCGCGAUCAGCUGGCCGGUGUUCCGGACCAAGGACGUGGCCCCGGACGUCGACCCACCGUCGCCGAGGCUGCAUCCUCUGCGCCAUCUUCGGGGGCUCCGGCUCGGCUGCGACGAGGCCGGGCCAAGCCAAAGAAGAAGCAACGGUGAUCCGAUCCUUUCUCAGUCUUCAGUGUAAAGUUUGAGCCAUGGAUGUGAGCGUGUUUAUACCGGAGUGAUAUAUACUGAUACGGUGAUAUAUGGGUUUGUACUCUGCUCUGACAGAGACUGCAUCCUUUGAUUCCAUCCUAUCAUCUCCCAGCACCA